UGAGGAGAACACGCCCAAGUCGCGCGCGCGCACGAGCGAGCGAGGCUCGUUCUCCCUCCCCACAGCCGCGCCCCAGCCCAACCCGCACGCUAAGCCCCGCCCACGCACCUCAAAGGCGGGCGAGGGAGGGAGGGGGCGCGCGGGCGACAACAGCCGGAGCAGCUGCGCCUCCCACUCCCCCCUCACCACCACAGUCUGGGGAACAUUGGUCCCGUAUGUUAAUGAGCUCCCCUUUCCUUUUGCCACUACCGCGCGGAAAGGGAGCGCGGGGAGGAAAGGGAAGGGGAAGUUGCUUUCCUGUUUGACAGCCCUUGGGUUGCUAAGCCCGCUGCGCUUUACGGCCGCCCGCAGCCACCGCGAGAGCGUCGUGAGGAGAAUGAGGCCGGCGCCAGGUGUUGGUAUUUCUCUGGCUGCCGUGAGUCUGCCUGGAUAGAAUGGACCCUGUUGUCCUAAGUUACAUGGACAGUUUGCUGAGACAAUCAGAUGUCUUGUUGCUGGAUCCUCCCUGCUGGCUCAACGACCACAUCAUCGGGUUUGCCUUUGAGUACUUUGCCAGCGACCAGUUCCAAGACUUCUCCGAUCAAGUGUGCUUCAUUGGCCCCGAGGUGGCUCAGUUCAUCAAGUGCACAAGCAGCCAAGAGGAGCUGGCCCUAUUUCUUGAGCCUUUGAACCUCCUCCACAAGAAAAUAGUGUUCCUGGCCAUCAACGACAACUCCAGCCAGGCUGCUGGCGGCACACACUGGAGCCUACUAGUUUACUUCCAAGACAAAAACCGCUUUGCUCACUAUGAUUCCCACACCAGGAGCAACUCUGCCCAUGCCAGACGGGUAGCAGGGAAUUUGGAGGUCUUUCUCGGCAAGAAAGGCAAAGUUGCCUUUGUAGAGGAGAAGGCCCCUGCCCAGCAGAAUAGCUAUGACUGUGGGAUGUACGUAAUCUGUAACACAGAAGCUCUGUGUCAGGAAUUUUUCCGGGGACAGCAGGAGCCAGUGCUUCAGCUCCUUACUCCCUCCUACAUAACAGGCAAGAGAGAAGAAUGGAAGGAACUCAUUGCUAAGCUGUCCCAGAAGUGACCUGCCAAUCUCCAAUUAUUGUCGUUCUUGUCUUGCUCUCAGUGCCUGAGGGGAGGGAAGCUUGUACAUAGGGUUUUCCCAACAGAAAGAAUGUAUUGCACUGCCUUA